CCGUUUGCAUGGCCUUGGAGAGCCACACGGGGGCGUGCUCACGUUCCAGAAGCCGUGUUUGGCGGAAUAGGCCGCGGUACCGUAUCUUUCCAAUACUGGAUUCUAAUAGGCAAUCUCAGCCCGUUAGAAACCGGCGGCCCCUAAGGUAUUUGUUUGCUGUUUGUUUGUUCUCAGCAGCCACGAGGUGUGGGAAGUUGUAUAAAGAUAGAGAAAAGGGAGCUACCCGGAUUCCUGAAAUAGACAAUCACCUAAUCGUUGUCUUCCUAAAGAUAAGGCUGUCGCAAAGAAUACCGUAGUAUAACCUGGUGGUGUCGAGGAGAGAUUUUUUAGAAGACAAAUAUGUGCAUUUCGAAAUAAGCCAUGCCACUGUGAGUUAAUGAAAUUAGAGAAAAUCCAUUUUCUUGUUGGUUUGAGUAUGAAGAAGGAUACAGGGUAGGACCAACUCCUCCCCAAAACAGCAUCCGCCUGGUACGCUCUCCGACCGCCUGAGAUGAUUAAAAGGCUUUUGUUUAAGACAGAUGAGGGCGCCGGCAACUUAGCUGAGUGUGGUCUCAGAGAAAAUGAGCCAUGAGCCGCGUUGGGACUGAGGGGGUCGUUCUGGGCAAGGGAGUGCCCCCCAGUCGAGCCGUGCCUGGCGCCCGGUGAUGGGAGGCUCUGGCAGAACUAUGAGUUGGGGCGACAGGGUCAAGCUGGGCUUGGUGGCGGUGGGUAGCGGCAGACCAUCCCGGGGAAACAUUUACACUACAAGGUGGCAGAGAAUGGGGGUUGCAUUUGAAGCAAACGAGCUUUCCCUUUGACAGAAUCCUGGACAUUCUUCCCAGCCGCCUGCUGGCCUUGAGCACGGAGUUUGAUUUUGGCACCAGCUCUUGGAAGCAGUUUUCUUGCUGCGUGUCCUCCUUGUGCCCCAUCCCCCUUUUGCAAAGCCCCUGACUUUGGGGAGGGCCUCUGUCACCAUCCUUGUCCAAAAGGGAGGUUCCAGAAGGGAGGGCUGCAGGACCUGGGCCGUUCUAAGGGAAGGUGGCUAUGCCUUCUUUCCCGAAGUUCAUUGUGAAGCGCCUCCAUCCCCCAGAAUUAGUGCUGGCCUCUUCGGCUCCGCUGUCUCUGUCUCCUUUCUCCAGACCCUAGACCAAAGGCCCUGGGUCCACCCCUGGGAGCCGGCAUCGGCUUCAGCGGAGGCUGGGGCGCCACGAGCCCCCAAGUGAGGCGUCAGCCAGAGGCAUAGGUGUUCCCCGCGGGCACCCCUGACUCCUGUCUGUCUGACCGCGGGUCGCUAUCGUGAAGCGACAUUUCUCGGAGCCUGACCUGGGCCUCAGUCCAGGUGGGGCGAGAACUCUCCUCCCCAAAUGUCGUUGUGUUCCUCUUUAGGCAGCUGCAGCGGGGGUGCACGUGGCCUUUUGGGGGCGGGGGUCUCUUGGCCUUGGCUGGCAGCCUUCCUCAGACAACGGGUACUCGGCAGUCCGCAGUUCCCUUCCUACCAGCAGCGCCCUACAUGGGCCUGAAAAAGGACAGAGGAUUGGACCAGGACUUAGGGGGGCUGCAGAGCCAACCCCUCCUGACUGCUCAGAGCCGGUGGCGCUCGUGGAGUGUGGCCAUGUAUCUUGAGUCACCGAGGUCUCAGAUCCUGAAGUGGAGGGAAAAUGAGCCAAGUAGGAGUCUUUUGUGUCUGUAACGGAAAGAGGCUCCCCAGCGGCCAGCCUUUUUGCACAAUCUCCACACACUCUUCAUUGAGGUGGUGGUGGCUUCCACGGCCUCCCCACUUGCCCCCCUGAUUGCUUUUCACGUUGCCAGGGAGGUGCACAGUGCAACCCGGAGGGGCUCCCUGGGGAAGAAGCCUUUAAAAUUUGUCCCCAUCCGCUCUGCCCCCAAAGAGUGACACAGCCCUGAGGCCACUCAGGGCCCGAAUUCAGGGUGAACCUAGGAGUCCCCAGGUCUCCUCAGGCCCAGGGUCACUGCUCUUCUUUCUGGUGACAGAGGAGCGCAGAUGCAAGCCACUUCUUGAUUACAAAUGCUAAUUUCUUGCUAAAGCGACCCUAUUAAUUUUUCUCUGGGAAGAGCUGUGCCAGGGAGAAGGAUGUCUCCGCACAAAUAUGGAUAUUCAUCUCCUUUAUAGCGCGAUAUUGAUUUAUUAUUAAUGGUAACUGCUCCAACUGAUCUAAAGAUGAUCGAAAACAGCAGCUAUGGACCUACAUUAAAUACUCGUAAGCAAAAUACAGGCUGGCCCCGAAAGCCACUGCCUUUUCAUUCCAUUUGCUCCAUGUUAGUUAGCCUUAGAGUCUUAGCCAGAUGUUCCAUCCUCCCAGGUCCAGAUCAUCCUCCUGUAUUCUUUCUAUUUUGCUCAAUUUUUAUGAUAAAAUCGCCCUGAAACACUGGAGUCUCUGGCCUCAAAGAACUGGUCUGAAGGCAGAUAUUUGAGAAAGAAUAAAAUAGAAUUUUGUGAUAAUAGAUUCAAAAUUAUAUCUGAUACACGUUUUCUGUGAAUGAAGAGGACCUAUUUAAAGCUUCCAGUGCGGGGGUGACUUAGAGCCCCAAGCCACUGAGAGUUGAAACAGAAAGGCCCCCAAAUUCGGAAGGCAGAUCUUGUUUGUUUUGGCUCACCGCUAGACCUACCCGCUCCGCAAGGAAUUGCUGGGUUUUCGCCUAAUGUUUUCUUCGUGUAUAAAUAAAGAUUAUGAAAGGGCAUUUGAUGGGCAUAAAAUUCCCGAUUAGAUUAAACAGUCUUGUCUCACGAGUGGGAUAGGGAGAAUUGGACAUCCGAGUUCCAGGCAGCUCCCCUGGCUGAGAUGCAAAGGGACGACAGUCCUGGAGCGCCAGGCUGGCGUCAGGGUGCCUGCCGAGAGUGUGUGCAGCGGGCACUUUGUCCAGCCUUGGGCACGCUUAACCGUGGCCGGGAUCAUGAUCUCCACCUUGUGAUAAAACCAUUUUGGGGGUGAUGGUCAGCGGCUGUUGGCUUUGAACAGGACUGUAGCAGGCUAGAGUGAAAAGUUGGAUUUUUUUUUUUUUCUCCUGCUUUCCUCACCGCCACCUCCCCAUCCUCAAGCUUAAAAUCAGCCACCCCUGCGGAAAGGUAAUGUUUAAACCCCGGACUUCGCCAGCCGGCAUCCCGCAGCCGGAGCAGUUAGAGGCGCCAGGCUUUUAACCUGACAAUGAUGUUGUAUUUGAACAGCUGCGUAAAGGUUUAAAAGGUCUGUCUCAUUGCCACCGUGGAGUUUUUUAAAAGGGGUUAUUGUUUGGGCGAGGGCACUUAGAGGGGACAGGCAAAGUGGUCCCAAGGCCGAAAAUAAUGUUCAGCGCCUGUUUCCACCAGGCCAGGGGAGAUUCCUUUUGGGGAGGGGGGACAAAGGGUUUAUUGGAAAAGGUUUUUGUGGAGGAGUGAGCAGGCUCCUAGUUCCCCAAGAAUGCUGAGACGCGUUAAUGAGCAUCGGGCUCCAAAGAAAUGUUCUGCUGAGGCGGAAACCCAAUUUGCCCACAAGUUCAGUCUCUGGGCCUGAAAUCCAAGGCCAGCCCGCACAGGGCGAGUGUGGAGAGAAGAAAACACAGACGCCUUCCCGGACCGAGAGAAACUGGUUCCCAAUCAGGGUUUCUGGGGCCCUUUUCCUCUCUCAGAUGCUGGGAAGGGGAUCUGGGAAGCCCGAGGACAGCUCCUGUGCCCUGGCCCGGCCCCUCGCCUAGGGCAAGCCUUUGGAAAUCAAGGUUAAAGCUCCCCGCUGCUGCCCCGAGGCCGGGGCUUCCGAAGGGCGGCUCACCCGCCUGCAACCAGAGAACAAGAAAGGAAGUUGUUGGAGAAGUUUCUCAUAAAACUCUGAGUUUCCAUGGUGGUGAGGGUGGUUGUUCUUUAAUGAGCUCGACCACAACCCCAGACCAAAUCCUCUUUAUAGAACUUUCCGUCACCAAAGGAAACAGAGGACUAAGGUUCUCCCACCUCCUUUUUUUCUCCCUCCCCUUACCCAAGCAAACCGGUGUCAAAUAAUUUUAGGAAUUGUCCAAAACUAUAAAACUCAACUUCUGACAAAAGUAUAGCUUUUAAUAUUUGACGAUUUGUGUUAAAACAAAAAUUGACCUUCUUGGUUAGUAGCGAAGGGGAAAAAUCAAUAGUAUAAUUUUCAAUAAUUCAUAAAGCGAACGCCAUUAUGCUAAAUCUUAACUAUUAAUCUUAUCCUUUACAAAGUCUCGAUUGAUUUGUUAAUAAAAUACCUUCCCGUGUGUGGCAACAGCGGGUAUAACUCUUUAAAAACCUUCAGAAGCAAGAAAAUUACCAAGUAGCCCAAGAAUGUAGAUGAGAAUUUUAUUGAUCGCCCUGAUUCUUCUUAAUAUGUAUUAAUAAAUUCCACAACCUUUUGUACCUUGCACUUGUCAGAAACCAAUGCUUUUACAAAAUCCAUAAAAGGAAAACAUAUUUUUCUUUGCAGAAGAACCAAAUGACACCUUUGCAUCUCUCUCUGUCUGCUACUCGGCCCAGUCAGUUUUCUAAAACUUCUGGAGUCUGUGGGCGAGAGUUUUCCCCUUUCCUUGCAAAAAAUUCUUUUCUUUCUCCCUCCCUUCCUUCCUCUUUGCUCAUUAUUAUCAGGGUGUGUGGGGAGGGAAACCUCGGUUUCGUUCUCCCGCUGGGAACCGGAGGGACGCUUUCCAGGAUAGCCCGCUGCUGGCGAGGGAUUGUCUCCGGGCUGAAAGCUCCCAGCGGCCCGGCCGCAGAGGUCGGGGUGUGGUUCCUCCGACUGCCGAAGGCUCCAAGGCUCGGAGAGCCCACUGGGGCGCGGAGGGGCCGGGAGCCCGCAUCUCCCUCGGGCCGGAGGAGGGAAUGGACAGCGCCAGAGCCGGCCGGUCCUCGGGGCUCCGGGCUGGCCAGCUGCUUGGCCUCUUAGCCCUCGCGGCUCUUCUCGCCUCCGCUCCCCACCAUAACUUGGCCGCGUCUUUGCGUGAGAGAUCUUUACUGUGGCUCCCUGGGGUGGGGUGUCGCAGAGCCCGGGGAAUCCGACUCACCUUCCCAGGCUGCCCGGGAGAAACUGAACCAGCCGGGCACCCACCCCCCGCCCGUGCCCCGGCUCUGGGGCGCGUUCUGCCUGGGUGUGUGCGGGGAAUGCUUCUGUGAGCUGGCGCCACGGCACUGCGGCUUCCCUCCCCGCGCGUGUCCUCCCGGAGGCCCCUCUGGCCGAGACUUUCCUUCCGCCAGCGGGGCCCGGCGGCCGGAGCGGGGGGACGCGAGUGGGGCUGGCCGGCCGAACGAGCCCCGGGGAGGCUGGCGGGCGACGGAGAGCGCUGGGCCGGUUGUCUCCAGCGCGCACUAUCACGGGCGCGUAGUAGAUGUCGCUGUUGUCCGUGCUUACGCGGCCGGCCGGCCGGGCUCUGGAGCACGUGACCUGCGAGGAGGCUGCGGCUCAAGGCCAUUUUCAAAUCUCAUUGGCUUGGUUGUCAUGUGGUCGGCAGAGGCAUCCACAAUUACACGGGGAAUGUUUUCCUAGAGAUGUCAGCCUACAAAGGACACAAUCUCUCUUCUUCAAAUUCCUCCCCAAAAUGUCCUUUCCCAACAGCUCUCCUGCUGCUAAUACUUUUUUAGUAGAUUCCUUGAUCAGUGCCUGCAGGAGUGACAGUUUUUAUUCGAGCAGCGCCAGCAUGUACAUGCCACCACCUAGCGCAGACAUGGGGACCUAUGGAAUGCAAACCUGUGGACUGCUCCCGUCUCUGGCCAAAAGAGAAGUGAACCACCAAAAUAUGGGUAUGAAUGUGCAUCCUUAUAUACCUCAAGUAGACAGUUGGACAGACCCGAACAGAUCUUGUCGAAUAGAGCAACCUGUUACACAGCAAGUCCCCACUUGCUCCUUCACCACCAACAUUAAGGAAGAAUCCAAUUGCUGCAUGUAUUCUGAUAAGCGCAACAAACUCAUUUCUGCUGAGGUCCCUUCGUACCAGAGGCUGGUCCCUGAGUCCUGUCCCGUUGAGAACCCCGAGGUUCCUGUCCCUGGAUAUUUUAGACUGAGUCAGACCUACGCCACCGGGAAAACCCAAGAGUACAAUAACAGCCCCGAAGGCAGCUCCACAGUCAUGCUCCAGCUCAACCCUCGCGGCGCGGCCAAGCCGCAGCUCUCGGCCGCCCAGCUGCAGAUGGAAAAGAAGAUGAACGAGCCUGUGAGCGGCCAGGAGCCCACCAAAGUCUCCCAGGUGGAGAGCCCCGAGGCCAAGGGCGGCCUUCCGGAAGAAAGGAGCUGCCUGGCUGAGGUCUCCGUGUCCAGUCCCGAAGUACAGGAGAAGGAAAGCAAAGAGGAAAUCAAGUCUGAUACUCCAACCAGCAAUUGGCUCACUGCAAAGAGUGGCAGAAAGAAGAGGUGCCCUUACACUAAGCACCAAACGCUGGAAUUAGAAAAAGAGUUCUUGUUCAAUAUGUACCUCACCCGCGAGCGCCGCCUAGAGAUCAGUAAGAGCGUUAACCUCACCGACAGGCAGGUCAAGAUUUGGUUUCAAAACCGCCGAAUGAAACUCAAGAAGAUGAGCCGAGAGAACCGGAUCCGAGAACUGACCGCCAACCUCACCUUCUCUUAGGUCCCAGGCCCGUCGGAGGCCAGGAUCGGAGAGGGGGCACCGCGUUCCAGGGCCGAGUGCUGGAGGACUGGGAAGGCGGAAACAAAACCUUCAUUGCUCUUUGUUUUUUGUUUUGUUUUGUUUUGUUUCCUGCUAGAAUGUGACUUUGGGGUCAUUCUGUUCGUGCUGCAAGUGAUCUGUAAUCCCUAUGAGUAUAUAUAUUAAAAAAAACUAGCACGUGUAAUUUAUUAUUUUUUCAUCGUAAUGCAGGGUAACUAUUACUGCGCAUUUUCAUUUGGGUCUUAACUUAUUGGAACUGUACAGCCUCCAUCGGUCCAUUCAUCCAUCCAGCAAUGUGACUUUUUCAUGUUUUUCCUAACACAAAAGGUCUGUGUGUGUGGUUAGUCCAUGAUCUCAUGGCGUUUUGAAUACAUCCAGUACUUUAAAGUACUUAAAUUACAUAUAUAUUUAAAAAAGAUUACGAAAACCCACAAGCUUUGGGGGGAGGGGGACUAAAAAAGCACAUUACAAUGUAUCUUUUCACAAAUGAACUUAGCAAUUGUCCUUGGUGAGAUGGAAUAUUGACGACUUAUGCCUUGUAGCCUUCCCUUGUGGUGCAUCUGUGGUUUGGUAGAAGUACAACAGCAACCUGUCCUUUCUGUGCAUGUUCUGGUCGCAUGUAUAAUGCAAUAAACUCUGGAAACGA